AUGAUCUGCGGCACGUUGGCAACACACCUCGGCGACACCUGUGGCACCUCAGCGACCGCCACGCCGGCUCGAAUGCUGCAGAUGCAUCUGUGGCGUUUUUGGCGACCCGCGACCGAAAAUAACUCGGGAGUUCGCGAAGCGGAGUCGGCGUACAAGUUGAGAGGAUUUUCGCACGGUUUCGAAACGAGCACGUCGAAAGGUUACCUUCAGCAAGGGCAACGGCAGCGUGCCCUGUAG